AUGUCUUCGUCCAUGCCCUCCCAGCCCCCCAAGGCGGAAGCCUACACCACGGCUUCGAACACAACAACCCGCAACCCCGCCGAGAACGCCGCGGCCUCUUCUCACGUCCAGCAAGACGAGACCACGGCGCGCGACGUUGCGCAAGGCCGCACCCCCUUCCCGCGCUCGCAGGCCCGGUCCGCCGACGACGCGGUGCCGAGCUCGCUGGGCGCCGGCGUGCGCUCCUCGGGCCCCGCGGACGCAACGGAGCGCGAGAACACGGCGUACGUCUCCAGAGACGCGCCUCAGGACGGUCCGGAGAACCCCAACGUCGAGGCGGAGCAGAUGGAAACGCUCGCCGAAGGAAAGGUCGCGGACGCGGUCGAGAGGAAGAACGGGACGCAGACGGCGCCGGGACAGGAGGUUCACGAUGACGAUUUCGCGAGCGGGCUUGAGACAAAGAAAAAGGAGCAGCAAGAGGCGAGAGAUGCGAUCAAGGAGGCACGCAGCGCGGGUGUGGAUGUGGAUGGCGGGUCUGGGCAGAGAUCGUGGAGAGAGGAUAACCGGGAUGUUUGA